AUGGCGGCACACGAAGGCACCAACCGCGUGGCGCCGAUGGAGGUCGCCGUGGAGGCCGGGAACGCCGGGGAGACCGCGUGGCUGGACGACGACGGCCGGCCCCAGAGCGCCGGCACGUCCGUCAUCGGCUCCGGGGUGCUCUCCCUGGCCUGGGCCAUCGCGCAGCUCGGCUGGGUGGCCGGCCCGGCCGCCAUGCUGCUUUUCGCCCUCGUCACCUACUACACGGCCACGCUGCUCGCCGAGUGCUACCGCACGGGCGAUCCGGAGACGGGGAAGCGCAACUACACCUACAUGGACGCCGUGCGCUCCAACCUCGGCGGCGCGAAAGUCGCGUUCUGCGGCGUGAUCCAGUACGCCAACCUCGUCGGCGUCGCCAUCGGGUACACCAUCGCGUCGUCCAUCAGCAUGAAGGCCAUCAGGAGGGCUGGAUGCUUCCACACCCACGGGCAUGCUGAACCGUGUAGCAGCUCCAGCAUCCCGUACAUGAUCGUCUUUGGCGCCGUGCAGAUCGUCUUCUCGCAGAUACCGGACUUCGAUCAGAUUUCGUGGCUCUCCAUCGUCGCUGCCGUGAUGUCCUUCACCUAUUCUUCCAUCGGACUCUCCCUCGGCAUCGCACAGACCAGCUCUAAUGGUGGGUUCAAGGGAAGCCUGACCGGCAUCAGCAUCGGUGCCGGCGUCACCUCCACACAGAAGGUCUGGCACAGCCUGCAGGCCUUCGGCGAUAUCGCCUUCGCCUACUCCUUCUCCAACAUCCUCAUCGAAAUCCAAGACACGAUCAAGGCCCCGCCACCGUCGGAGUCGAAGGUGAUGCAGAAGGCGACGCGUCUUAGCGUGGCGACCACGACCAUCUUCUACAUGCUGUGCGGGUGCAUGGGGUACGCAGCGUUCGGCGACGCCGCGCCGGACAACCUUCUCACGGGAUUCGGCUUCUACGAGCCCUUCUGGCUGCUCGACGGAAGUGGCGCCGUCCAUGGAGGUCGAGAGGGAGCGCGUGCGCGUGGAGGCGGCGGAGGACAUGGCUCUGGGUGCACCUACCUCGACACCGCGACCGAGCAGUCGGUUGACGUGGCCGGCGAGGACGCCGUGGUCCUGCGGCCAUUGGAGGCGGCGGAAGUGGCGCCAUCCAUGGAGGUCGAGCGGGAGCGCGUGCGCGUGGAGGCGGCGGAGGACAUGGCUCUGGCGUGGGCCGCAGCCAAGCGCGGCGCCUACGCCGAGGCCGCGCGCAUCCUCGACGCCUGCCAGGAUCUGCUGAGCCGAUCGGCGCCGCGCCGGUGCUGUCCGGCGACCCGUUGUGCAAGGCGUUGGUGGCCGAGCUGCGCGAGCUGA